UAACCCUAGAUUGUUCCCUUUUAUUUCAAAAUUUCAAAACUGUUUGUUGUUAACCGGUGGAAGUUCCCAUUUACAGAAUAAGCAAAACCGGAGAUAACCACCGCGUGGCGAUUAAUUGUUUAACUAUGGAGGUUACGUUAUUAAACCCAGUAAUAUUUCGCCACGUAAUAUUUCAUUUGCCACGUCAGGGUAUGGACCCAGUAAAAUAAAAAAAAAUUACAACUGUAAAACGAUCUGGUCCCUUAGUUUAGGAUCUUCUCUGAAUCUCAGAUGGGGUCUGGUAGCAGAGAAGACAAGUUUAGUUUUGUCUUUUGCAUUGUUUGUCACCGUGGAGACGACGCCGAGCUCUGUUUCUGAUUUGGAAUCGAGAAAGCAGCAAUGGGGAGCUUGGGGACGUUUCUGAGAUAUCCUGAUGACGUAUAUCCUCUCUUGAAGAUGAAGCGAGCGAUCGAGAAAGCGGAGAAGCAGAUCCCUCCCGAGCCACACUGGGGUUUCUGCUAUUCAAUGCUCCACAAGGUUUCUCGAAGCUUCUCUCUCGUUAUUCAGCAGCUAGGUACCGACCUCCGUAACGCUGUGUGUGUGUUCUACUUGGUUCUCCGAGCUCUGGAUACUGUCGAGGAUGACACAAGCAUACCAACUGAUGAGAAGCUGCCCAUCUUGAUUGCCUUCCACCGUCACAUCUACGAUACUGACUGGCACUAUUCAUGUGGCACGAAGGAGUACAAGGUUCUGAUGGACCAAUUUCACCAUGUUGCUGCAGCUUUUCUGGAACUUGAAAAAGGGUAUCAAGAGGCUAUCGAGGAAAUUACUAAAAGAAUGGGUGCAGGGAUGGCCAAGUUUAUCUGCCAAGAGGUAGAAACUGUUGAUGACUACGAUGAGUACUGCCACUAUGUUGCUGGACUUGUGGGUUUAGGUCUCUCUAAACUCUUCCUCGCUUCCGGAUCAGAAGUUUUGUUGCCAGAUUGGGAGCAUAUUUCCAAUUCAAUGGGCUUAUUUCUUCAGAAAACAAACAUAAUCAGAGAUUAUCUUGAGGACAUUAAUGAAAUACCAAAGUCCCGCAUGUUUUGGCCUCGCAAGAUUUGGGGCAAAUAUGCUGACAAGCUAGAGGACUUAAAAUACGAGGAGAAUUCAACAAAAGCAGUGCAUUGCUUGAAUGAAAUGGUCACCAAUGCAUUGACGCAUAUUGAAGAUUGCCUGAACUACAUGGCUGCCUUGCGUGAUCCUUCUAUAUUUCGGUUCUGUGCUAUCCCUCAGAUCAUGGCGAUUGGAACACUUGCAUUGUGCUAUAACAAUGUACAAGUAUUUAGAGGCGUGGUGAAACUGAGGCGAGGUCUAACUGCCAAAGUCAUUGACCGCACAAAGACAAUGGCUGAUGUGUAUGGUGCUUUCUAUGAUUUUUCUUGCAUGCUAAAAACAAAGGUUGACAAGAACGAUCCGAAUGCCAGUAUGACGCUAAACCGGCUUGAAGCAGUUCAGAAAGUCUGCAGAGACACUGGAGUCCUUCAGAAGAGAAAAUCUUAUAUUAAUGACAAAGGACAAUCAUACAAUGUCUAUAUUGUAAUGCUUGUGAUUCUACUUGCCAUAGUCUUUGCAUAUCUCAGAGCAAACUGAGUGACCACUGAUGGACAGUGCGAUUCCUAGGUUCAUUCUUGUUGGUGCCUCUCUCUUUUCUUAGCACUAAGUUCCUAUUCAAGAUUAUUUCCAGAACAAAGAGAGUUUUAUACUUGGUUUGGUCUAAACCCAUGUACUUUGAAUAAUCAUACCUUACCUUUCUCCAUGUCAUGUAUCUCCCUUGUUUAUGUUCAGGUAAAAAGUAUAUAUACUGCCAAUGA